GUAGGGUUCCUCACAAAUCGAAGUAAAAUGUUUCUUAAACCAAUUGCCUUACUUUUCAUAACCGUGGUUUUGCUGAACGCUGAACCUGGACUGAUGGCCCCCAGUGAAGCAAAAUCCAAUGACUACUAUUGCUCCGUCGUUGAUUCGGAUAUCGGUCAUACUCGUAACGCGGUGAUGGAUGGAAAGGUUUGGCCUUCUACGUCCCUAACCUAUACCAUUGAUCCGUCAUUUUCGGAAGAAGAGGUAACGACAGUUGAUGAAGCCUUAAAGACUAUCAACGAGUGUUCCUGCCUCGAAUUUGUAAAGUUCCCUCAGCUAGGAUUAUAUGACCAACCAAAUGUACGCUAUGUUCCAUCUGAUUCGUCAAGCUCGAUUGUAGGAUACAGUAAUAAGACACCCCAUUUGAUUUAUUUGAGCAAAGAUCACCGUAGUGAUACAGAGACUAUACUACAUGAAACAUUCCAUAUGCUCGGCCUUUUUCACGAGCACACCCGGCAUGAUCGCGAUAAUUAUGUUGUUAUCGAAGAGGAAAACGUUGACCGCUGGGAAAUAAAUAAGGGUAACUUCGAGAGCCGACGUGAUACCAGAUCAUUGAAUGUGGGAUACAAUUACAACAGCAUUAUGCACUACCCUAAAAAUGCGUUUUCUCGCAAUGGUGCUACCACAAUAUACGCAUUGGAAAAUGGAGUUAAGGUCGAGAGAGAUUUUGGUUCAAAAAAACCAGCACUGUCUGACUGGAAAAAAAUAAGCCGGUUGUACAAUUGUAAUAGACCAGAAGAGCAAAUUCCAGAAAAAUGCUACUAAAAUGC